UGUCACCGGCUACUCCGGUCACUCAUACUCACAAUUCCCGGUCAAAACAAAAUCCCCAAUUUAACCCCCCAUAAACCCGAGCAAACCUUCCUUUUUAUUUUCUCAUUUCGCUUGUUUAUGUGAAAACCUGCUAGCGAUUCACGAUAUAAAUUUCUUGUAUUAGGGUUUGGGUUUUAGUUCGAUGAAGGUUGUGGAAGCUAGGGUUCCUGUCAAUUACUUCAUGAAACCCUCCUUCUACUGUUCCUUGCUUUCUCCAUAUUCGCAAGAAUGAGUGCUGUUAACAUCACGAACGUUACGGUUUUGGAUAAUCCGGCGCCGUUUUCUUCUCCUUUCCAGUUUGAGAUUUCCUACGAAUGCUUGACCCCUCUCAAAGACGAUUUGGAAUGGAAACUUAUCUAUGUGGGAUCUGCUGAGGAUGAGACGUAUGAUCAGCUUCUGGAGAGUGUUCUUGUUGGUCCUGUCAAUGUUGGCAAUUAUCGUUUUGUGUUUCAGGCAGACCCACCAGACCCAUCAAAGAUUCGUGAAGAAGAUAUUAUUGGUGUGACAGUGCUUCUGUUGACCUGCUCUUAUCUUGGUCAGGAGUUUAUUCGAGUGGGCUACUAUGUGAACAAUGAUUAUGAUGAUGAGCAGUUAAGAGAAGAACCUCCUCCAAAGCUAUUGAUUGACAAGGUUCAAAGGAACAUUUUAACCGACAAGCCCAGGGUGACAAAAUUUCCCAUAAAUUUCCAUCCCGAAAACAAUGAAACUGCUGACGAACCCCCACCAGAUCAACCAGCAGAAAAUGAUGGUGACGGAGAACAAUCACGCACUUCACCUGAUCAAACAUCAGACAAGGAUGGACCUUAGUUUCUGCUGUAGCAGGUUUCUUGUUCAUGGUACAUAGCAUGCAUGAUAGGUUCAUGAUGUUUGCCGCAAUUUUGGAUGGCCUCAUCCGCGGGAUUGGUUCGCUUCACAAUCAGAUCGGAGCCGUUCAGAAAUUGAUGGAUGAUGUAACUGGAUUGACCUGGCCAAUUGUUGUUAAAGCUUCAGUUAAGCUCAUUCCUUUUUGUGCUUUCAGAAUUUUGGAUUGUGUAACGAUGUUAGGAGACAGUUCUUUUGAUAGCUAUAUAACAACUUAGUUCUUAAAACUGAUUGAAUGGUCAUGUGAGUUUUAUAUCACUACCACAUGCUUCUGCCAUAUCUGAUUUGAAAGGUAAUGAAGGGUUAGAUUCAUCA